AUGUCUUCCCCAUCCCCCAAGGGCGUCGCGCUAGUCACUGGGGCCGCGAGAGGAAUCGGUCGCUCGGUCGCACUUCGUCUCGCCUCAGACGGCUUUGAUGUUGUUAUCAACGACAUACCUGCAAACCUGGACAGCCUGAAGGUGGUAGCAUCUCUCAUUGAAAGCACAGGUCGUCGUGCACGAUAUAUCGUUGCGGAUGUCUCACAAGAAACAGAGGUCGAGAAGAUGGUGUCAGAGGCAGUUCAAAAUCUGGGCGGGCUCGACGUCAUGGUAGCGAAUGCAGGGAUUGUGCUGAUGAAAAGUUUCAUCGAAACUACCGCCGAUGAAUUGGAUCGUAUACUUGCCGUUAAUAUUCGGGGAACCUUCCUCUGCUACAAGUAUGCAGCGAAGCAAAUGAUUGUUCAAGGGGCAUGCUCCGGUGCGGGGAAGAAAGGCCAAGUAACCCUGGCCGCCUAUUCUGCAAGCAAGUUCGGUAUCCGUUCGCUCACGCAAACUGCAGCGCUGGAAUUGGGAAAGCACGGGAUCACCGUCAACGCGUACGCCCCUGGGCCCAUCAAGACCCAGAUGUGUCCGUCUCUUGCUAGAUACGACCCUCGUGAACCGAAGCUGAUGGGUGCCUCGCCUCAGAUGACGAUCUCGAAGUCAUCAUCGGCGGACCUCCCGCUGAACAAAGCCGCUGCACUUGGAAAGGUUGGCGUCCCAGAUGACAUCGCCGCAGUGGCCUCCUUCCUCGCAUCCAAGGAAGCGCAUCUUAUCACAGGACAAUGCAUAAACGUUGACGGUGGCCGAGAAUUUGACUAA